AGAUCUAAGGUUAUGGCCGGCGAUGACGGCGCGUUGGAGAUGUGCUCUCCCCCCGCGUUCCUCCGCAUUUACCCCAGACGAACGACAGUGGAUCGACGGCAUAUGACGUGACAAUGAACAAAUGCUCGAAUCUUUGCGCGCGUCGAUCUCGAGGUUUGCAAAUGGGAUGCUAGUCUCGCUCGCGCAGCGUCGCACACCUAACAUCGAACAUGAAGUCAUCCGUCACGAGACAUCAUGAGACAGAUGGCCCUUCUAAGAACUCAACGCAAUUAUAUAGAUCCCAGCAUUUCUUUCAAUUGUUGAUAAUGUUUAGUUUAGUUCUCCAUCAACAUCAACAUCUCAAUAGUAUUCAGACAUAUUGAAGCCAUUUAUCAUCACUCAAACAAAAAAAAAAGAUUAAUUAUGCCUUCUGAGGGCCGCGGAUUGACAGACGACGCCGUUAGGGGCGCUCACGACAUGAUACAUCAUGCUGAACAAGAAGAGCAUGAGUACGAAGCUGCGACGAAGCGAGGUAUCACAGACGAAGCGGCAGAGGCCGAAUACGAGCUGAUACAUGGAGCUGAGGAGCGAGCUGCGCGGGCCGAGAGGAGACGUGGCUCUUUCGGAAAAAUGAAGAGGACGUUAGAAAAGUUCAUUCCCGGGAAGCAUUAACAUCUGUUUGGGUUGCCGACCCGCUUGCAGCGAGUGAAGUGCAUGUAUGAGUUUGAUAUCGUGUAUUUGUACCGGCCUUAGGACCUACGUUGGGCUCAAUCUCUAGUAUUUAGUAUUUUCAGUUUUAAUACCUCCAAUAUUACUCCGCCUUCGAUAUUCGUAUACCUUAGGUACUGUUUAUAUCCCAUUUACCUUUUCCGUAGUGAUUGUCGCGAGUAAC